CUCGGUAUAAGGAUGGGUAGUCUGGUCCUGUAGUUUUUUAGCUGUAAAAUAAGGAUUAUUUCUGUAUAAGGAUGAUCCUUAAAUCCGUGGUCCCAAAAUUAUUUUUAUACCAAACAAUCCUUAUAACUCGUGUUCACCAACUCCACCAUGGAGUUUGGGACUGUCUGCCACAAUAUACUAUUCAUAGGAAUGAACCGAAAUGGUUGAAUGGCUGGUUAGAUGGAUUCAAGAAGAGAUUUAAGAUUAAGGAAUAUGUUCGACAUGGAGAAGCAGCUGCAGCGGACAUCCACAAUCCUACAAAUAUUGCGCAAAUGGAAGAUCUCUGACAACUAUGCGCAACAUAUGCAGAUAAAGAUAUUUUCAACAUGGAUGAAACUGGGCUCUUUUGGAAGAUGACGCCAACUCGAACGCUAGCCACUGAAGCUUCGAGUGGGGGAAAGAAAUCCAAAGAUCAGAUUACUCUCGCAUUUACGACAAAUUCGACUGGAACUGAGAAGCUAGAUAUAUGGGUUGUGGGAAAGUCGAAGAAUCCUCAAUGUUUUAAAAAUAUUAAUGUUAAGCGCAUGCGGAUUCAAUAUCGAUACAACGAGACAAAAUGGAUGACAGGGCUAAUUAUGAAAGAAUACCUAGACUGGUUAAAUGAGAAAAUGAAGCAUUGCAAGAUACUGUUAUUACUUGAUAACUUCUCUGGACAUGAAGUCGGAGUUGAACUUGUUGGUGGAUUACAAGGUUUGUCGAAUGUUCGAAUUGCUUGGCUUCCACCAAAUACGACAUCUCAUUGGCAACCUCUCGAUCAGGGAAUAAUUGCAAGCUUCAAACUUGGGUAUCGAAAACAAUGGAUUAAUUACAUGUUGCGCCAGCUCAAGGCCAAUAAGAACCCUACUAAAACAGUUAAUAUUCUAAAGGCGAUACAGGACUUACGUGGGAAGCACUUGAAGCACCAAAAAUCCAGAAGUGUUGGUGGCGAUCGACUCUCAUAAAAAAACCAGAAAAUAUGGAUAGGCGUCAAGAUAAUACUGCUGAGGUCGAGGAACUGGGAAUGGAAAUUGCGAGAUGUCAUGCCAAUUGCAGAUUUUCUCAACCCUAUAGGUGAAGGGAUAGUUGACAGAGAUGAAGAUAUUUUCAAAGCUGUUGUAAUGGUGGGUGCACCAGAUGUGAGAAUCUAGCCACCCAAGGAAGGGAUGAUUUUACUAAGACAACACACUGUCUUAG